AUGGAGUUGAGAUCGGCUCUCCUAGCCAGCAUGACAGAUGCUGAAAAGAGUGUCGAGAAUCUGGUUACAGAGGUUAACCUUAGGAUGGUUGGCCUCUGGGCCCCUCAACCGGACACGAGGGGGCCAUCGGCAGGGAGUGCUUGCGCCAAAGAGGAACCCGAGCAGCAACCUCCAGCGUCACCUCCACGGAGGAGACUAACUGGGGUCACGACCAGGGAACCUGCUGACAUGGACUCCACCAAUGUAUUUGACCUCUACAACGCUCCAGAGGCAGCCACGGCUCCUCCAAGCAAGAAGAAAACCAAUAAGAGACAUCUCGGGGAGAGCAGCAAAGCUCCUCAGGCGAAGAAGGCCUGUAACGCAGGCCCUUCAGAGGAUAUACCCUCUGCCACCACGACUCCACCUUCUCCCCGUGAGCAGCAGACUCCAUCUGCUGUGGCCGGGUCGACUCCUUCUCCCGCGGCGCCGACUGACCAACCUCAGUAG